UUGGUGAACUUGCUUGUGCAAUUCAUGCAACUUUGAAUAUUUAUGGUCAACAUGUUGAUUUUAUUGUUAGUCAUAAUGGUCAAGAAGAGAAUCCAUUGGAUCGUGAAUUACAAACUACCGAAUUGGCUCGAAUCAUGCGUGAAUCUCCUAAUCCGUUCGUAUUCUUGGGAUAUGUUGUGACAGCACCAUUUCAACAUGUUUAUCAUAUUCUUUUUGAUGAUGGUCACAUAAAUGAUAUUGAUCCAUCUGAGAUGUCUAGAUGGUGUGAAUACAUUGGAUUCCGUGGGCUAAAAAGAAUAGCAUUUGCACGAGUCAGUCAUGGUCACAUUACUGAUACAGAAAUUCAAGCUGGUAAAUUCCUUGUGGUCAAUGAUUCAAAUAAUAUUUCAAAUAAUGAUUUGAAUCAACAAGUUCCAAAGGAUCAUUAUCCAGCUUCAAUGCAAUUCCCUGAAAUGUUUUACAAUGAAGGAAUACGUGGUCAUCGAUAUGACGAUACCUAUCCUC